AUGGGUGCCAUUCGAAAGUCUUCGACGUAUUCCUCUCGACGACCUGACUUCCGAAAACAACUACAACGUGCGCUGGGUCUAUCCUCAUCUGAGAGCGAGGAUACUCAGGGUGCACUUGAGUCAUCCACCGGUGAUACUACUGAGGAUCAGCAGUCAGUUCUCUCGAAGAGCGAUAGAUCUAGCGUGCCCCGUGACAGUGUUGGUCCUACAUACGAAAAACAAAUCGAUCCUGAAUUGUUCCCGACUGCUCACACGGCGGACAAUAUUGAACAAGUGACGGGCUUGCCAAGAGAUCGUGACAUGAUAGCUCUGGAAUGCGUCGCAGAGAUGGUGGAAGAUUCUAUGCACGACCAAGAGAAUGUGAAUGAGGUGGUCCGCGCCGAUUUGGCGGAUAUACUCGGUCGACUGGCUAUCAUGGAAGAGAAAGUCAGCAUGGCUUCGCAAGUGGGACAGCAGGUUCCGCGGGUGAGUCUGCCAACCGGGCGGAGACGGUCUUUGAGGCGAUGA